GGGACCCUGCGGCUGGCCAUGCAGAUGGCAGACACUCGAGACAGCCUGGGGAGAAAGGGGAAGUAUGACGUCCAGGGUCCAAGGGCAGCCCUGAUGCUCAGCAGCCCUGGGGUGGCGGCCGCUGUAGUCACUGCCCUGGAGGACGUGUUCCAGGCCCUGGGCUUUGAGAGCUGCAAGAGGAGGGAGGUCCCGGUCCAGGGCUUCCUCGAGGAACUGGCUUGUUUCCAGGAGCAGCUGGAUGCCCACGGGCGCCCUGUGGGGUGUGCCUUAGUGGCCUUGGUGGCCCCCAGAGGGCAGCUGAGGCAGCCACAGCAGCUGGUCCGGGAGCUGAGCGGCUGCCGGGCCCUGCGGGGCUGCCCUAAAGUCUUCCUGCUGCUCUCUAGUGGCCCUGGGUCCUCCCUGGAGCCCGGAGCCUUCCUUGCUGGCCUGAGAGAGCUGUGUGGCUGCUCUCCUCACUGGUCCCUGGUGCAGCUGCUGACGGAGCUCUUCCACAGGGUGGCUGAAGAGUCCGCAGGGGGCACCUGCUGCCCCGUCCUUCGGAGCUCCUUCAGGGGGGCACUGUGCCUGGGAGGCGUGGAGCCCUGGAGGCCUGAGCCAGCCCCCAGUCCCAGCACACAGUAUGACCUGUCCAAGGCCAGGGCUGCCCUCCUCCUGGCUGUGAUCCAAGGCCGGCCUGGGGCCCAGCAUGACGUGGAGGCGCUGGGGGGCCUGUGCCGGGCCCUGGGCUUUGAGACCACCGUGAGAACGGACCCUACAGCCCAGGCUUUCCAGGAGGAGCUGGCCCAGUUCCGGGAGCAACUGGACACCUGCAGGGGCCCUGUGAGCUGUGUCCUUGUGGCCCUGAUGGCCCAUGGGGGACCACGGGGUCAGCUGCUGGGGGCUGACGGGCAAGAGGUGCAGCCCGAGGCACUCAUGCAGGAGCUGAGCUGCUGCCAGGUGCUGCAGGGCCGCCCGAAGAUCUUCCUGCUGCAGGCCUGCCGUGGGGGAAACAGGGAUGCUGGUGUGGGGCCCACAGCUCUCCCCUGGUACUGGAGCUGGCUGCGGGCACCUCUAUCUGUCCCCUCCCAUGCAGAUGUCCUGCAGAUCUACGCUGAGGCCCAAGGCAGCUCCUGCAGAGGCACCCCUCCAGGGAGCUCUGACCAAGCAGACAUCCUGACGGUCUACUCAGCCGCAGAGGGCUAUGUGGCCUAUCGCGAUGACAAGGGCUCAGACUUUAUCCAGACACUGGUGGAGGUCCUCAGAGCCAACCCCGGGAGAGACCUUCUGGAGCUGCUGACUGAGGUCAACAGGCGGGUGUGUGAGCAGGAGGUGCUGGGCCCCGACUGCGAUGAACUCCGCAAGGCCUGCCUGGAGAUCCGCAGCUCGCUCCGGCGCCGGCUCUGCCUCCAGGCCUGAGGGUGCGGCGGCCACGGGGGCGCUGCUGAGACGGUGGCCAGAUCCCGGCGCCAUUCUUGCCUCCAUCCACCCCCCAUCCCCCACGGUUUCCUCAUCUGAGAGCAAGGCGUGGCAGCGUGGGGGUGGCCGUGCAAUAAAUA